UGAACCCGACAAUCGAAGCGGUUGCAAGUGCCCGGAAAAUAUCAACAAUGAACUACGCUAAUCUUGUGAUUAUCUGCGCCAGCUUGGUGCUCCCCCAACUGGAGAUGGGAGCCGCCAGAGCUACGCGCGGUGGAAUCGACCCGUCUCUCUACUCCCAGGGGCGGAAAUGGAACUUGACUGAGGAAAUAUUGAAUGAAAUGUGGCUCUCCAAAAGGCCGUAUAUAGUCACAUGGAAACCAAAUUCCAAUGAGGUGAUUACGGACACCUACGAAUUCAGUCCCAAUGGAAGAAAUCUUUUGAGGAGCACGCAAAGACACUAUGAGUGGAGGUAUCCAGAAGACGGUGGACCCUCUUCUGUACAAGUUCAGGAAAAUUUGGACUUUCUAUCCAACCAGCUGCGUCAACUGGCCAGUGUCUUCAAUAAUCCCUUCAUCAAUCCGGUUGGAUUCGGUUUUCCCGACUUUAACAUCUUUAAAAACUUGCAUAAACCUAACUACGGACCCAAUCCGUUCCUUCCGCGUCUUCCCGAUUUACCACAAUGUAAUUGUCCACGAGGCGGUAGACCAAACGAACCGAAUCCGGAAUAUAGACCGUCUAAAGGAGAACAAGAUCCCGUAUUCAAUGAACCCAACCCGAUAUAUAUUCCCGCCCAAGAUCCCAGUUUAAAUGGACGCAAUAUGCCGAGCUUCCCCCCUCAAGAUGUGCCCAACACACAAGGACGUAUACCAAAUAGAUCCGACGAUAAUGAUCCAUGGCUGCCGCGUCCACCUUCGACUCCACGAACUGUGGUUCCCCGGCCCACACUGGCACCCCCGAAUUUCGACGAUUCGCCGCCGCUUUGGGUGCCAAAUCUAGAACAAACAACUACAACGGAGCGAGCUCUCGUCCCCCUGCCCACCUUGGCACCCAGAAGAAAUGGAACCGACACAAGCAUCGAUGAUUUUUUGGGAAAGGUGGACAUCACCGUGGCGGACAUUAAGGAGGAGGAUGGGGAGUUUGUCACGACGAUCAUGGAUGAGCAAGGGCGAGUUUUAAAGGCCAGUUUUGCUCUGAGCGAUGACAAAGGGCAGGGAGGUGGCGUCAAUUAGAAAAAAGGCCCACCAUAAAAUAACCAUAUAUAUUUUUGCAACAAAUUUCACCUCAAAUUAAAGAUUUAUAAGCCAGGGAUAAUAAUAUUUCUUAUAAUUGUUAAUAAAUUCCCAAAUAAAUUUAGUUAUAAUUAUGUACUUUAAUUUGUAUUCUCAGAACCUUGAAAAUAAACCCAGUUUAAUUAGACGCAAUGAAAGUCAUGGGAAAAA